AUGCAAAUUGACAAACCAUGGUUCGAUCGCCUACUGGAUCAGACUGUCGAUUAUUUCCUCGUUGGAAUCGUUGGCGGGUCGGCUUUCAACAUGUUGAAAGGCAUGUACAACUCUCCUAAAGGUGAGCGCCUCAUCCGGGGCUUACAAGCUGUACGCAUGAACGCCCCUCGCUUUGGCAGCAACUGUGGCAUCUUUGGUGGUCUUUCAUCUGUCUUGGAGAGUUUUAUGAUACAUGUAAGGCAGAAGGAUGAUCCAUGGAAUUCUGUCCUCUCUGAUGCCACUGCCGUCGGAUUAGUCAAGAUGCAUCGAGGCCUUGGCCCGACUUCACACUCGGCUCUCAUUUUUGGUUCGGGAAUGGCGUUAUUAGAGGGUUAUUUGAUUGUGAAAAAUAGGGUCCAGUCACCACAGCCCGACUUUGAGGAGUUGGAUAAGAAGCAGAAGAGGUGGCCUGCGAUGAUAGUAGAGGCUAACAUUCAGUUGAGGAGAAAGGGUGCAAUAGCGGGUGGUGGUGGUUGUCGGAGUAGCAGAGGUGGUGGCGGAUUGGUGAUAGCGAGUGGGGUUGAGAUGGAGGCUGUGCUUGAUAUGAUGGGUGUCGGAGCGAUCAGUUAG